GUGGUUGGUCGCCAGGAGAGGAUGAACUGGUUUUUCCCCCUGUCCAAAGGCUCCGGACCUCUCCCUCUGAACAGCCUACAACAACAAAGACAGCGGCAGAUCGAGUCACUCAAAGCCGCUCAUCCCAGCCUUGCAGAGAUCCAGAAGGAUGUGGAAUAUAGAAUACCAUUCACAGUCAACAACUCCACCAUUAGUGUUAACAUUCUGCUACCUCCUCAGUUCCCUCAGGAGAAGCCGGUGGUUAGUGUCUACCCCCCUGUUGGUCAUCAUUUAGUUGACAGCAAUAAUGGCACCAUGAUCACUAGUCCCCUCAUCACUAAUUUUGGGAUGCACUCAGAUCUGGGUAAGGUCGUACAGAGUCUGCUGGACGAGUUCUGGAAAAGUCCUCCUGCCUUGAUGUCUUCUGGUCCUGCUGGCUUUCCAUAUAUGUACAAGCCAUCAGGCAUCGCUCCCUACCCCACUCAAGCUUACCACUAUGGUUCUCGUCAUGUGGGACCCAGCCAGACACCGCCUCCUGGGCAAGGCCCAGGUCCAUCUCCAGCUCCCAUGCCUCACCCAGGGGUCGAUAGUGCCCACGGGCCUCCUCGUGCUCCAGCUCCAUAUGGACUGAUAUCUGAACUGCCGCUGCCUGUACCCACUGGAGACUCACAGGCUGGAUUGAACGGACAUAUGUACAAGAUGCCUGAAAUUCCUGAGUCUUUUCCUGAACUCUGUGACAUGAAUCUGACCCAGUUGUCAGAUAUGUCUGAAAACGAGGAUGUGCUGCUGGAGUUCUUUGUGACUUUGCCACAGCUCAAGCAGGUCACCAGCGAUAAAGAAGAGCUGGUCACCAGCAUAGUGGACAUUGCUAAGAGAAAUCUUCAGAUGGAACCACAGUUGGAAGGGAAAAGACAAGAAAUGCUCUACAAGUACGAACAGCUGACUCAGAUGAAGAUGGCCUUUGAGACAAAGAUGCAGAGACAGCAUGAACUCAGUGAGAGUUGCAGUCUUAGUACUUUACAGGCUCGGUUAAAAGUUGCAGCCCACCAGGCAGAGGAGGAGUCGGAGGAGACGGCUGAAAACUUUCUGGAGGGGCGCACAGACAUAGACGAAUUCCUGACCAGCUUCAUGGAGAAGAGAACGCUUUGCCACAGCAGAAGGGCCAAAGAGGAGAAGUUGCAACAGUCCAUCAACACACAUGGACAAUUUCCUACCAGCCACUAGAACACAAGGUUUGGAGUUUUCUCAGCCAACUGCUGCCAACUAAAGGAUAAAGACAUUUGAGAAAACGAAAAGCACACUGAGUCAACAGAGGGCACUUUGGAGAAAUAUGAAGAUGGUGAUGGCAAUGGUGGGCUUAAAAAAAGGAGCCCGUUUGGGCUCAGAUUUGGGUUACAAAAAACAAAAAACAGCUGAAGUUGGAUUGUGUGAGAGCAAAAUGGAGAAGCUAUUAAGUCACCACAGGAGGCCAAAAUUGGAAGAAUGACUGACACAUGCCUAGCUGUUCAACCAUAUCACUAAGGAUUGAUCACAUUGUGGAUAAUUUUUAUUUCACAUUCUGUUUGUUCAGUUUUGACUCGACAGUGAUGACAAAGAGAUUUGUUUCUGUCAAGGAUUCAUGCAGUGCAACUGAUCAGAGUGGUUGGUGAUGUGAACACAUUUUACAGAAAGUACAAAUUGCAAAUAGGACAGUAUUCCCAAUCUUACAUUUUUCCAUGCUGUGAUUGAGUUCACUAUAAAUGAACUGUUGAAAUGCUAAUGCCGGUGUCUGUAUUUCCAGUUUCUGAGAUCAUUGCCCUGUCCUUGCUUUAUUUGACCAUAAAGGCCCUAUUCCUACUGGACAGACAAAAGGAGCAACUUUCGCACAUUAAAUCUCCUGUUUACAUUGGAAAUGUUGCUCUGUCCAUUUACAUAAACUCAUCACUGGGGUGUCAUUGUCAAUCUGUCCGAGGCAAUCCUGUUUGUAAUUUAACAAAUUUUGGAUUUACCAACGAAAGAAAAGAAGCAAGGACGCAGCAGUGUUUUUAACUCGGGCUGUGCAUUUUAACUGGGAAGUGGUUGUUUCUUUAUUAAGUUCUUACAUUUCCAGCUUUGGCGAUUUCCUGAAUGCAUCCUUAAUAUCACUGUGUUUGCACAAACAUGAAUAAUUCGAUUGAAGACGUUAAGACAGUACUCUGAUACACCCUGUUGAUGUAUCUACUGUAUGUUCUUACAAAUUAUUUUCAAAGUCAACAUAAACCAAAUUACAUAUAACAGUUUUAUGUUUUUUUAAGCUACUGUUAGUGGUUUUGGUUCAUUUUAUUAGUGCAGAAAACGGACAUUAACUGCCACAGAUUAUUUCAGACAUUGAUUAUAUAAAGUCAUUUUAAGGGGAAAUCAGAGUACUGUAAACGGUUUAAUCACACUAUUACCUUAAUUCCAUUCUUUUUACAAUAAUCGAAUUAUUUGUGUGUAUGUAAAUACACUGAUGAUUAUUUUUUGCUGAUAAGCAUCAUUAUGAUAACCUGACUAUUUUAUGACACCUUUUGAACUUGAAAUGUUUGAAGAGCCUCCGAAGGUUUGGGUCAAAGUUGAGGAACAUUAGAUUAAAUGCUGCAGUAAAACUCGAUGACAUUGGAUACUGUAUUUAAAUAAUGUUAAUAAUAGGCUAUAUUGUAAUCAAAGACUCAGACACCUUGUAUUAUAUGUUCUUAUUUAAUUUGUUAGAGUAAUAAAGCAUUUAGAAUAAA